CUAUGGGAAGGAACAAGAACGUCUCUAUCAAAACUUGAUGUGCAAGUUUACAUUUUCACUAUCUCGACGACAACAACAGUUGAAGAAGGGGACCUGUGAGAGCAGUCCAAGUCAAGCUGUAAAAACAAAAGUUUAUAAAAGAAUUUCGGACAGACAAAUGUGAGGGAACUAAAUAUGCUAUUUGCCGGUGCAAUCCUCGUCCUGUAUGAGAUGUUGGGGUCAGUUAACAGCGGACGCCACUCACUGGAGUACGUCUACACUGCCCUCUCCAAGCCCAUUCAUCAACUUGGUAUCCAUGAGUUCACCGCCAUGGGCCUGCUGAACGACAGGAUGAUCGACUACUAUGACAACGAUCUUCAGAAGAAGGUUCCCAAGCAGGACUGGAUGAAGGAGAGACUGGAUAAAGACUACUGGGACAAAGGCACUCAGUCACGCAAGUUCAAGGAGCAGUGGUUCAAAGUCAACAUUGGAAUCCUAAUGGACCGCAUGCGUCAGAAUGACUCUGAUGUCCAUAGUCUUCAGUGGAGGCAUGGCUGUGAGGUUGAAGAGAAGCAGGGUUCUGUGAGAUUCAUCCAGGGCUUUGACCAGUACAGCUACGAUGGAGACGACUUCCUGGCCUUCGAUGACACCUCUACACAGUGGGUCGCCCCUAAUGCUGCUGCUCUGCCAACCAAGAGGAAGUGGGAUGGAGAGCAGAUCCUGAACCAGUACACCAAGGGUUACCUGGAGAAGGAGUGUGUCGACUGGCUGAAUAAAUUCAUGGAUUAUGGCGAGAAAUCCCUUCGUGAAGAAAGUAAAGGAAAGCCUCCCGUUGUCGAAACAUAUGGUAAAGCGUCCAAAACCGUGGGGAAUGUCAAACUCACCUGCUGGGCCACUGGAUUCCUGCCUAAAGACAUCACCCUGCACAUCAGGAAGAAUGAGGUGGUCAUCUCUGAUGGCGUGGAGACUUCAGGAGUCCGCCCCAACCAUGAUGACACACACCAGAUUUGGAAACGUGUUGAGAUCCCCAUGAAUGACCAAGGAAAUUACGACUGCUUUAUUGACCACCAAGCCUUGGUUAAACCAAUUAUUGAAAAAUUCCCUGAAAACAAGUGUGGUGACUGUCCUCUGGUUAAGGUCGGGACUAUUGGUGGGGUUGUGGGCUUCAUCGUAUGCCUGGCCUUUGUUGGAGGGCUCCUGUUCAUACUUUAUAAAAGAGGCAUCAUCACUCUACCAAGACUUACAAUGGUAAAUGGAAGUAAUGGAAGUAAACCUCCACAACCAGUUUUGACCAGGCCGCCCAUCUACUCUCCGCCAGGGGGUGCAGCAGCCCCCUCCGCACUCCUACCUACCUCGAACUUGGUUCCAGGAAACUCCAGUGGUGGGACCCCAUCUCUGACUGGCAGCACUCAGAGUAUUGGUGCUUCUGCAGGAAACUCCAGUGGUGGGACCCCAUCUCCACCUGGCAGCAGUGUGGUCAUUGUUGUGUCUGCAGAGACAGCAGAUGAAUCAACUACACUCUUACUGAACAAGGAGUCCACACAACACAUGAACGUUUUGACCAGGCCGCCCAUCUACUCUCCGCCAGGGGGUGCAGCAGCCCCCUCCGCACUCCUACCUACCUCGAACUUGGUUCCAGGAAACUCCAGUGGUGGGACCCCAUCUCUGACUGGCAGCACUCAGAGUAUUGGUGCUUCUGCAGGAAACUCCAGUGGUGGGACCCCAUCUCCACCUGGCAGCAGUGUGGUCAUUGUUGUGUCUGCAGAGACAGCAGAUGAAUCAACUACACUCUUACUGAACAAGGAGUCCACACAACACAUGAACGUUUUGACCAGGCCGCCCAUCUACUCUCCGCCAGGGGGUGCAGCAGCCCCCUCCGCACUCCUACCUACCUCGAACUUGGUUCCAGGAAACUCCAGUGGUGGGACCCCAUCUCUGACUGGCAGCACUCAGAGUAUUGAUUCUUCUGCAGAUAAGAAAGAAGGCAGUGACAGCCGUUCUGAUUCUGGACACUCCAGUGGUGGGACCCCAUCUCUGACUUGCAGCACUCAGAGUAUUGGUGCUUCUGCAGAUUUUAACUCCAGUGGUGGGACCCCAUCUCCACCUGGCAGCAGUGUGGUCAUUGUUGUGUCUGCAGAGACAGCAGAUGAAUCAACUACACUCUUACUGAACAAGGAGUCCACACAACACAUGAACGAUAAGAAAGGAGGCAGUGACAGCAAUUCUGAUUCUGGACACUCCAGUGGUGAGAACUCAUCUCUGACUGGCAGCACUAAGAGUGUUGAUGCUUCUGCAGGGACAGCAAAUGAAUCAGCUGCACCCUUACGAAACAAGGACUCCACACAACACAUGGACGAUGGCAGCAACAGUUCUGAUUCUGGAGCGGGUAGCCAUGAAAGCCUAUCCCAGUCUUCCAGGGAGGAGGUGGUGUAGCCUCCCAGGCUGAACCAAAAUCAAGUAAUUCAGUUGUUAGUAAAUCUAACAAGCAUAUUAUUGAAAUCGUGAAUACACUCCAAUUUAAAGGGACAGGUGUUGCUCAGUGGUAGAGCAUUUGCCAGCUGAGCAAGAGGUCCCAGGUUCAAAUUCACCCCUGUGCACUGCUGUGGAUAAAAGCAAAGUGAUUAUAUAAUUCUAAAAUUUAAAAGUUUGUGGAAGUAUGGAGGUCGGAGGUUGCUGGUAGAAAUCCUUGAAUGGACGAUGGGGAUCAGUGAGUUGGAUGGCUGGCCUUAUCUGGAGGAUACCUUCAGUAACCUCUCAAGUCUCUGAAAACACUAGUUGAAAUCAUGACUGAUUAUGUGUGUGGAAGUAGCAUGUAGAAGAAAUUAGUGUUGUCGAACGCCCCUGAAGGAGCCUUCGUUUUGAUGGACUUUGGAGAAACAAUUUUGAAAAAAAAAAAAAAGAAUAAUGCUUAAUAAUGAAAAGUGUGCAUUUUGGCAAAUGUGUUUGACUUUGUGCAUACGUAUAUCCAAGUUGUGCAUUAAAAAGUUGUAGAUGCUUGCAUACAUAUAUAAAGGUUUUGCAAUUUCAAGUUUGGUGUUUUUAAGAGGAGUUUUGACCUCUAGCAUACGCAUGUGUUUUAUUAGAAAGAAUGUGCAUUGGCAAAUGUUUUUAAGAAAGUGCUUGCAUAAUAUUUUAAAGAAUGUUAAGAGAUAGCUGGAAAAUGUUUUAAGAACCUUUUUUACCUUUUUUGAAUUUUAAAAACUUUGUAGAUGUGCAUCUUAAAAUGGAUAUGUAGUAUUGCUAAUGUGUAAAAGUUUAAGACAGAGUGUUUCAGUAUGAUAGAUGCAGAGGAUGUGGUUAGGAAAUGCUUUAAUAGAUGAAACCACAUUUAACUUUUUGGAGAAUACAGGAAACGUGUAUUCCGAUACCUGCGUCAUGUCUAGACAGGGCCAUCACGUGUUAAAAUAAAUAAGAAUGAAAGUUGGGGGUAGAGAGAAAGCUCUCGGUAGUUGUACUUCGUGAGUCGUGAGUCGAGUAUUCGAGGUUUUUUCCUGAGACUGUUUUUUGUAGAGUGUCCAUCUGUGCCUAUUUUAGAAAAGAGUUUCUUUUUUGUCAGUUGUACUGCUGUUUUACUAGUGACCCAGGGUCCGCGUUUUCCUAUUUUUUUUGUCGUGCCUUAAUAAAGGAUGCUUUAGCUUACCUUUUUCUUUUCCUUUUUACACUUUUGUAUCUGUUCCAAUAAUCUGCCAAUACAAAUUUGAAAAGACAGUCGUUGCUCUACCGCCCAUUUGUGCGCCCCUCGCUCGAGACCAGGGGAUCCACUCAGCGCCCCACACCGAUGCUCAGGUGAGUUCCCCGGGAAUCGCGACCAGUCAUUUAGUCACGAAAACUGCCCAGCUGGUGUUUACGCGAAACAGGGUCUUGAAGUGUUCAUCUGCUCAGACACAUAUACUCUCUCGAUAGGUGCGGUGUUGCGUCUCACAGAUAAACAUAAUUUUAUUAUAAUUAAUGCUAAUAGGAUAUUUAUUAUUGGAGCCUUUUGUUGCUCGUAUAAUAAGCUUGAUGACUAAAGGAAACAAUGACUAAAGACUGAAUAAAAUGUUGAUGGUAAGCUAUGAUUCUUUUUCACACUUGCUAAUAAGAAAGUAUUCCUCUUGUUUAAAGAUACAUUGGAACAUCUGUCUAGGCUGUCUAGGCUGUGUUUCCAAGCAACCUGUGUGACUUGAUAUUUUUGUAACAUUAUUUUAAUAAUGAUGAAAUGAAAUAAAAAAUUAUUUUUGCCUUCC